AUGCCCACCUAUAUACUUUUGCUCAACAAUAAUGAUAAUGAUAAUGAUAUGGUGAUGAUGGUGACGGAGAACCAGAACGAGCGCGUGCAAGAGACAACCCGGCGCAGCAGCAGCCACACCCUGAUCCCUGAGCCUGAACUUUCCAUCCUACCCCAGUGCUGCCUGACCCAGGACCCAGGACCCAGGCGCAAUGCCCUUCUAACGCCCAGUAAGGUCCUGGUGAUCAUUGAGCGAUACAAAGGGGAGAAACAGCUGUCCAUCCUGGACAUGACCAAGUUCCCUGUCCCUGAUCAUGUCAACAUGAGUGAAUUAGUGAAAAUCAUCCGUCGAAGACUCCAACUUAACCCUAUUCAGGCCUUCUUCCUGCUGGUGAACCAAUACAGCAUGGUCAGCGUCUCCACACCCAUCUCAGAGAUCUGUGAGCACGAAAAUGAUGAGGACGGCUCCCUCUGUGUGGUUUAUGAGGUCUUCAGCUACUGA